CCGACUUAAAUUGUACCCUCAAAAACAGUAAGUUCUGGUAAGAAGAAUGGUUUAUUAUAAAUUCUUUACAGACUGAGUUGAAAAAUAUAUUGAGCCGUUCAAGAAACCACAUACUGGUCACUGGAGAUAAACAUUAUCAAUAAGAUGAUAAAGGGAGGAGAGGAUUUAAUCACAACCAAUCAUACUCUACAGAGACACAUAAACACACAGGCUGGAGAUAAACAUUAUCAAUAAGAUGUCAGAGGGAGGAGAGGAUGAAGUUACACUCAACGGUACGCUACAGAGACACAUAAACACACAGACUGGUAAAACACAUUAUAAAUGUGAUGUCUGUGCUAGAAAAUUUAGUCAAAGUAGUAACUUAGAGGCACGCAUGAGUACACAUACUAGAAAUAACCAUCAUGGCUGUGAUGUAUGUGGUAAAGGUUUUAGUUUUCUUAGUAAUUCACAGAUUCACAUGAGAAAACAUACAGGCAUUAAACCCCAUGAGUGUGAUGUAUGUGGUCAACAGUUUAGUCGGCUUUGGAGUUUACAGAUUCACAUGAGAAUUCAUACAGGUGAUAAACCUUAUAACUGUGAUGUUUGUGAAAAACGUUUUAGUCAGCUUGGAAGUUUACGGCUGCACAUGAGAACACAUACAAGGAAUAAACCUUAUAAAUGUGAUUUAUGUGAUAAAGCGUUUAGUUGGCGUGGGAAUUUAAGGACUCAUAUCAGAACACAUACAAGGGAAAAGCCUUAUGACUGUGGUGUAUGUGGUAAAGGGUUUAGUGAGAAAGGUAGUUUACAGAGACACAUGAGAAUACAUACAGGGGAUAAACACGAUAAACCUCAUGACUGUGAUUUAUGUGGUAAAGGGUUUAGUCAGCUUGGUAGUUUACAGAUUCACAUGAGAACACAUACAGGUGAUAAACCAUAUGACUGUGACGUAUGUGGUAAAAAGUUUAGUGAGCAAGGUAGUUUAAAGACUCACAUGAUAACACAUACAGGGGAUAAACCUUAUGACUGUGGUGAAUGUGGUAAGGGGUUUAGUAAAAGUAGGGGUUUACGGGAUCACAUGAGAACACAUACAGGUGAUAAACCUUAUAUAUGUGAUGUAUGUUGUAAGGGGUUUAGUCAGCAUAUUAAUUUACAGACUCACAUGAGAACACACACAGGUGAUAAACCGUAUGACUGUGGCGAAUGUGGUAGGGGGUUUAGUCGUAGAAGUAAUUUACAAGAUCACAUGAGAACACACACAGGUGAUAAACCUUAUAUAUGCGAUGAAUGUGGUAAAGGGUUUAGUCAGCAUAGUAGUUUACAGACUCACAUGAGAACACAUACAGGUUACAAACCUCAUAAGUGUGAUGUAUGUGGUAAAAAUUUUAGUUUGCUGAGUCAUUUAAAAAGACACAUGAGAACACAUACAGGAGAUAAACCUCAUAGCUGUGGUGUAUGUGGUAAACGGUUUAGUCAGUCUGGUACUUUACAGAGACACAUGAAAACGCAUACAUAGUAGGGUACAUAUUCACAUGAGAAUACAAACAUAGUAAUUUACAGUUUACAGAUUCACAUGAGAAUACAUAAAUAGUAAUUUACAGUUUACAGGUUCACAUGAGAAUACAUAAAUAUUAAUUUACAGUUUACAGGUUCACAUGUGAAUACAUACAUAGUAAUUUACAGUUUACAGAUUCACAUGAGAAUACAUACAUAGUAAUUUACAGUUUACAGAUUCACAUGAGAAUACAUACAUAGUAAUUUACAGUUUACAGAUUCACAUGAGAAUACAUACAUAGUAAUUUACAGUUUACAGAUUCACAUGAGAAUACAUAUAUAGUAAUUUACAGUUUACAGAUUCACACGAGAAUACAUACAUAGUAAUUUACAGUUUACAGAUUCACACGAGAAUACAUACAUAGUAAUUUACAGUUUACAGAUUCACAUGAGAAUACAUAUAUAGUAAUUUACAGUUUACAGAUUCACACGAGAAUACAUACAUAGUAAUUUACAGUUUACAGAUUCACAUGAGAAUACAUACAUAGUAAUUUACAGUUUACAGAUUCACACGAGAAUACAUACAUAGUAAUUUACAGUUUACAGAUUCACAUGAGAAUACAUACAUAGUAACUUACAGUUUACAGAUUCACAUGAGAAUACAUAUAUAGUAAUUUACAGUUUACAGAUUCACAUGAGAAUACAUACAUAGUAAUUUACAGUUUACAGAUUCACAUGAGAAUACAUGCAUAGUAAUUUACAGAUUACAGAUUCACAUUAGAAUACAUGCAUAUUUAUGUCCCAACUAUCUGAGCAAAAUAUUAAUAGAAGGUAGUGAUGAUUUGUCUGAUGAUACUAAUUUAGAGUUGUUUGAGUGUGUGUUUCGAUUUAUUAAAUCUUCGAACAGAUUUUCUCGAUAGCUUAAAAACUUUUUUGACCUGAUUGUGCUCAAAAUUGUCUGUCCAUAAUCACUAUUUUAUAUUACUGAAUCAUACAUGUUUGUUAAUUCUUGUGCAUGUGAGUAAGAAUGAGCGAGUGAUUGGAUGGGUGUGUAGUAUUUGUUUGACUUGUCUUGUACAUAUUGUCUUGUCUUGUGUUUAACAUGCUUGUAUUCAAAACUUUGAUAAUUGUGAAUCUGUAUAUAUCUAUGUUGAGGAGAUCCAAGCGUAGCCUCUGGCUGUUGGCAAUCCUCUUUAAAUAAAUAAAGAAUUAAAUUAAA